UUCUUCUUCUUUGAUGGCUUCAUCAUCAUCUCGCAGCCGGAGCUUACAGGUGUUUCCAAGCUUCAGGGGCGAAGACGUUCGGCGAACAUUCCUCAGCCACCUUAUCGGUGCUCUCGAUCGCAAACUAGUCCGUACCGUAUUCAAAGACAGUCAAAUCGAGCGCGGCCACUCGAUCAGCCCAGCUCUUGUGCAGGCGAUCAGAGACUCCAGGGUUUCCAUCGUAGUGCUCUCCAAGAACUACGCUUCCUCCAGCUGGUGUUUAGACGAGUUGCUGGAGAUCUUGAAGUGCAGGGAAGAGUUAGGUCAGAUUGUUAUGACGAUCUUCUACGAUUUGGAUCCUUCUCACGUUAGGUAUCAGAUCGGAGAAUUUGGCAAGGCCUUUGAGAAAACUUGCGAGAAGAAAACAGCAGAUGAGACGAAACAAUGGCGGCUUGCUUUAACGGAAGUAGCAAACAUCCACGGACAUCAUUCUCGUAAAUGGGACAGUGAAGCACACAUGAUAGAAGAUUUCGUCAAUGAUGUUUCAUGUAAGCUGAAUUGCUCACAAUCAUCAUCUGAAGAGUUUGAUGAUUUGAUUGGGAUCGAAGCUCAUAUAGCAAACAUGGUUUCACUGUUGUCUAUGGAUGCUGAACAAGUGUUGAUGGUUGGGAUUUGGGGUCCUUCGGGAAUUGGUAAGAGUACCAUUGCGAGAGUUUUAUUUGGUAGACUCUCUUACCGAUUCCAAAGGUGUGUCUUCAUCGAUAGAUCCUUCGUCGACAAGACUCUAGAAAAUUUCCGAAGAAUCAACUUGGAUGAUUACGGCGUGAAGCUGCAACUGCAAGAAAAAUUUCUGUCUGAGAUUUUAGACCACAAGGAUGUGAAGAUUGAUCAUUUAGGUGUGGUAGGAGGAAGGCUACAGAACCAUAAAGUUCUUAUAGUUCUCGACGAUGUGGAUGAUCGAUUGCUUCUAGAUGCCUUAGUUGGACAAGCUCUUUGGUUUGGUUCCGGUAGCAGAAUUAUUGUGGUAACCAAGGAUGUACACUUGUUAAGAAGCCACGGUAUCGAACGUGUUUACGAGGUGGGUUUUCCUUCCGAAGAUCAAGCUCUCGAGAUGUUCUGCCAAUCCGCUUUUAAACGAAACUCUCCAGCUGAUGGUUUCAUGGAUCUUGCCGUCGAAGUUUCGAAACUCGCCGGUAAUCUUCCUUUGGGUCUUAACCUUUUGGGUUCUUCUCUGCGAGGGAGGAACAAGGAGGACUGGAUCGACAUGCUACCUGAGCUCAGGACUUGUCUGAAUGGAGACAUCGAGAGAACCUUGAGGUUCGGUUAUGAUCGGUUAAAGGAGACACAUAAAAGGCUAUUUCUUCACAUAGCGUGUUUGUUCAACGGUGAAAAAGUUGAUAGCUUAAAAUGGUUGCUCGCUGAUAGUGACGUUGAUGUUAACACUGGUCUUAGAGUUUUAGUUGAGAGGUCGCUUAUACGUAUAACAACACACUUGUGUAAAACUGUGGAGAUGCAUAAUUUGCUGCAAGAAAUGGGUAGAGGAAUUGUAUCUGCACAGUCCUUUGACGAGCCUGGAGAACGUCAAUUUCUGACUGAUUCCAAGAAUAUAUGUGAUGUACUUGAGGAUAGCACUGGUACCAAAGCUGUUUUAGGUAUAUGUUGGAACAUAUCAGAAAUUGAUGAGUUGUUCACGUUGGAUGAGGAUGCAUUCAAAGGGAUGAGUAAUCUCCGGUUUCUUAAGAUUUACAAGAACCCGUUGGAGCGUAAUGAAGAAACAAAGUUGUACUUGCCCCAAGGCAUACAAUCUUUGUCUCGUCGACUUAGAUUGUUACACUGGGAUGCAUAUCCAAUGUCACGUAUGCCAUCAGACUUUUCACCAGCCUAUCUCGUUGAACUUGGUAUGAUAGAUAGCGAGCUCGAGAAGAUGUGGGAAGGGCCCCAACCACUUAAAUAUCUUAAGAAUAUGAGCUUGUGGAGAUCAAAAAAACUGAAAGAAGUCCCAGAUCUUUCGAAAGCUCCCAAUCUCGAGGAACUGUAUCUUGCUGAUUGCCAGAGUCUACAGAUGCUUCCUUCUUCUAUUCGGCAUCUCAAGAACCUCAAGACUUUGAACUUGGAAGAGUGCAGAAAGCUCGAGGUUCUUCCAACAAACAUCAACUUGGAAUCUCUCUCUAACCUGACUCUCUAUGGAUGCUCACUGAUAAGGAGCUUUCCCGAUAUUUCGCGCAACAUUUCAGUUCUCUCUCUAGAGAACACGGCGAUCGAAGAAGUUCCUUGGUGGAUUGAGAAGAUGACUGGUCUUACCGGCCUAUUCAUGAGUGGCUGCAGCAAGUUAAGCCGUAUCUCGCCGAAUAUAUCUAAACUCAAACAUCUUGAGGAUGUAGAUUUCUCCUUGUGCUAUGCAUUAACUGAAGACAGCUGGCACGACGAUCCUCAGGUGGUGCCUGCUCCUAAUCCUAUUGGAGAUUUAGACAUGUCUGAUAACACUUUCACUAGACUUCCACACUCAUUGGUUUCCAUUAAACCCCAGGAGCUUAACAUAGGCAACUGCAGGAAGCUCGUGUCGCUGCCUGAGCUACAGGCGUCGUCACUCAAAAUACUACGCGCACAAGAUUGCGAAUCACUCGAGAGUAUAUCUCACCUCUUUCGAAACCCGGAAACCAUUCUUCAUUUCAUUAACUGCUUCAAACUUGAACAAGAGUCCCUCAUACGAAGUUCAGUUUUCAAGUACAUGAUCCUACCUGGUGGACAAGUGCCCCCCGAGUAUUUCACUCAUCGAGCUAGUGGAAGUUACUUGACGAUCCCUUUACGUGAGAGCUUUCUCCAUGGAUGUUUUCUGCGGUUUAAGGCUUGUCUCUUGAUUGACACCGAUUCUACUAAGCCCACUUGGGUCAAAAGCAUUAUCCGGGUGUGUUGUCUCCUCAAAGGAAACCAAGGGAACCACUUUCACUCUAGUGAUCUUCAUAUUCUCAUCUUCUUUACACGUCUGUUGGACCGUCAUCUAGCUAUAUUUGACUGUUCUUUCCCUUUAGACAAUCCUCUAGCCAAAUCGAACUAUGACGCGGUGGAAAUAAAGUUUGGAUGGGAUGCUUGCGAAAUUAAAGAAUGUGGUAUACAAUUCUUCUCUCCGUCCUCGGAUAGUCAGCCUGGUGAUGCAAAUAAGCUAUCUGAAGAGAACAGUGUAGACAGCUGAAACUCAGGCAGCAAAUGUCAGAGUGUCAUUCUAACAGAAAGUGUCUUCUCCUCGGUGUGGCUGUUAAAUAACCAAUUCAUUCUAGCUGGAAUGCACAAGCUCAUCAGACUUUUAUUAUUUUACCUGGAAUGC